UCACCAGGCACAGAGGGAAGCUUGGAUGUAAAGAGCCAGACACAUAAACAGGCAAAACCGGACAGUCUGAGACAGGUGCACAGGGCAAGAGACCCAGACCCAACAUGUGAGAGGCACAGUCAGACUCAGUCAGGCAACCCCAGGGCUCACAAAGAGACAAGUGGACACAAAAGCAGACUGUCAGACCACGAGUUCUCACCCCUCAGCUUAAACCCUGCCUUCUUGCCCCAGCCCUGUUUUCCUCCUAGCUCACAUCAGAACCCAAACCCCCAAAUGGUCCUUCCCCUGUCCCAAGGAGUAUUGUGGGGAUACCCCUCACAGGAACCUCCUUCCUAGGCAGGUCAAGGCCAAAUCCCUCAGAGGAGAGGGGACAGACAGAAGUGUCUAGGGACACUCUGCUACCCGCAUCAGUGUGCCAGAAUGUCCAAUGCCUGACACCCUCUCCAUUACAGCUAAAACAAAGCUUUUGAGGAACCACUGGAAGUUCAUAAUUCUCAGAGCCUCACCCUCCCCAUGUAUAAAAUGGACAUCCUAGUAAUAGGUAGAAGUCUGCAAACUGUCCUUACAUUAUUAUAAUGAUAACCUUUGUAUGCCCAACUCACCCUCCUCCCUUCUGGCCAUUCUCCUUCUCAGGGCCAGGAUCUUUGUUCUUCCUCAGAAGGGCCUGGAUACUUUGUGGGGGUUGGGGGUAAAGAGAAGCAGCCCCAUCCCCCCACCUGAAUGGGGGCCUGCUGGUCGUGGUGGGGAAGGGCGUUCCACCUCGAGCUCUAGGGAUGGUGAGAGGGCGGGCUGUGGGGGAAGGGCUCCAGAAAAUAGGCGGGCGCGUCAGAAAGGCGAAUCUUAUUCGGAUAGGGCUCCAAGGGGCCCUAGAUAGUUUGGUUUGGGGGAGGGCUCGGUCCGGGUGGACCUUAGGUGGUUUGGGCUCCAUGGGGGCAUCCUUGGGUACCCCUUAGGGAUGCAGUGCCUUUGGGUCUGUGAGAGCAAGCUUUAGAGGCAUGACUUCGGGGGCGGGGUCUGUGGCCUGGAGGCUCCGGGAGCAGCCACUUGAAGUACCCUAAGGGGCAGGCUCUAUGGGCGGAGCCAUAGGGGAAUUGGGCUCUUUGGGGACCUGCUCAGAGAGGGGUUUAUGGGGGUCGAAUUUGUGUGUUCUGGUGACUGGGCUUUUAAGGACGGGUCUUGGCUGGUGCCAUCCGGGUCUUUGGGCAGGCUCUGUCUGGUGGGGUCCUGAAGCGCGAAGUCGGGGCCCUAUGCGGAGGCGUGCAGCCUCCAUCUCCGAGGGGUGUAGCGAAUUCAUUGAAGCUCACUUGAGGGUCCUCCAUCCACCUUGCGAUUAUGGCUGAAAUUCCUUUAGGACCCAGUUAUUCUCAGUGGAAUGACAGGGACCACGAAAUUCCAAUGCUCCUUCUUUUCCAGUCUUCGGAGUCCCCAGACCCAGGUGGUGGGGAUAGAGGGGCACUCUCCUUUUCCAGGUCACUGCCUGAACAAUAGGGGGAGAAGUAGCUGCAGGCCUGGGGCACCCUAGAGGAGGGGGGGCUCCGAAUUCUGUGCGUUCCCUAGAAGGAGAGGCUGGGGGAGGGAGCACCACCUCCUGUUUUGAGGCCCCAGGGGCAGCCCUGGCGGCAUAGCUAUGUGCUGGGGCGCUGAAUCCAGAAGGAUCCAAGUUCAGAUGCUCUGAGACUCCGCAGGCAGGCAGAGGCAUUUUCCCUGUCCUGUGGUACCCCCAACACCCACUUUCAAAGUCAAGAUGGCCUACAACCCCUGGGGGGUUGUUGUGAUUCAUAAACAAUGUGCCCCGGAACACAGUGAAGCUCAGGGAAGGUAUUACAUUGUAUUAAAAUGACUUGUUUAUCUUUAUGUUGCAUCAAUGCCCCCGGGUGGCCAGAACUCCUGGCUGCCAGACUUCCCGGGGCCACUUCUUGGAAUCCCUCCUCCAUCUCUCCCUAUAGCAGUGCCCUUUGGCCUCAGUCUCCCCAGUAGCUGCACCUCCCAAGGCUGCUUUGAAGAUUAUUUGAGUAAACUGAAGAGAGCACUGCUACAUCUAUGUAGCAAAGGCCACAUAAAUAUUUACUGUUAUAUUUGUCUUUUGUUUUUCCCAGACCUAGGAGCAGACAAUUGGCACCACAUAAUAACUGUUUGGUGAUUUAUGAAAGUCAGUGGGACCCUUAACUCCCUUUUCUGCUUCCCCAUACUAUCUGGUUCCCUGCUGCUUCUCCCCCAACUCCAGGUCCCUAAGAUCUGCCAAGGGUUUGGGGGAACAUUCAACCUGUCGGUGAGUUUGGGCAGCUCAGGCAAACCAUCGACCGUUGAGUGGACCCCGAGGCCUGGAACAACCGUCCUCUCUUGUCCAGCCAUCUGUAACCUCCAUCUUCCAGAUCUGGGGGGCCAGGGAGCCACUAAUCUAGCCUGAGCACCUCUUCUCCCUUAGGCCACAGGGAAGGUCACAAUCAACAUUCAUUGUUGUCGGUGGGUUGUGAGGACCAAGGCCAGACCCACCGGGGGAUGAAUGUCACUGUGGCUGGGCUGGACAUGGCCUAAGGGGAAUGAGAAGGGCAUGCAGACCAACUCACCCCCCAAAAUCACUCAGCCCAUUCCUUUCUCUGCCACGGUGGGACCCUUGGAGAGAGGGGAUGGUGUCUGGGAUUUCAGUGGACACAGACUGUCUUUAGGCAUAGAUCCCAGAGGUGAGGGUGAGGUAAUCAGAAGCUGGGGGCCGGCAAUUAGAAGCCCUUUCUAAAAGGGGGUGGUUAAUUCUGCUCCCCUGAGGGCUCAGUGAAGGUUUCUUGAAUGAAUGGAUAGGUAGAUGGAUGGAACAGCCCCUCUUCUUGUGUCCAAGUCCUAAACCCAGCUUUCUACCCUCCUAGCUGGGUGUCCCCAGACCCUUGGUGUCUGGACAUCUUGGCACAGGUGGAUGCUUUCAGUCUGGAGUCAGGUUGGUGAUUCCUGAGGGGCUGGGGGUCCUAUUAGCCCAACUGGGCUUCUGCUUUCCCUUAUCCCAGUGUUCUUUCUCACCCCCACUCCAUGUUAGGCUAGGGAUCUGCUGCCUCCCAACAUCCAGCCCCACACCCAGUCAGGGGACUCCAGCAACUGGAAGGAGGAGGCAGAUUUAAACUUCAAACCUCAAUUUGUUCAUACAUUAAAUGGGAGUUCCACUAAGACAAUGGAUGUGAAAACUCCCAGAAGGAAGCCAGAAAUGGGGAGGGUGGAUCUUGUCACUCUAGCCCUUGAGCCAGGGGCUGCCCUCCUUCCAGAGACAGAUGGAGCUUCAGCAUAUCUCCCCCCGCAACCCCUCCCCAGACCAAGGAAGGAAGAAAGAAGUUACUAAGUUACUGGUCAGUCAAUGCUAGUCUUUGGAGAUGGAGUUCCCACCCCAUCACCCACUGGGGCUGGAGGCUGGAGGGGCAACCUCUUACGAGGGGGAGGUAAGGUAGCCCCCCCCCUCAGUGUGUGUUGGAGUAUGUGGUGCUACAUCUCCAGGUCCCCCUUGCAGCCUGUGUUCUCUUGUCACCCAGCCCACCCAGAGACCAAAUAUCCCUUUGGCAGGUGGAUUAAUGGGGCACCAAGCCCCCCCAUAAAGAACCUCCCACAGCCUGCUCCUCCCCCUUCACACCCCCUUGGAGGUAAAAGGAGGGAAUAGACAGCCCAGACUCCCAGGCUCCAGAGAGGGGAAGGGAGGGGCAGUGGGGCAGGGGCUGAGGAGGGAACUUGGGCCAGGAGCUCCCUCUCUGCCAGGAGCUUCUUCUCUCUCUGCCCUUCUGCCUGGCACAUGUGGCCCAGCUAUGGGGACCUUUGACCUGUGGACUGAUUACUUGGGUUUGGCUCGCUUGGUUGGGGCUCUACGUGGGGAAGAGGAGCCCAAGACUAGGCUGGACCCCCAACCAGAGCCAACGCCGAGUCCAGAGGGUCAGCAGCCCAAUCCAGAAUCAUUGCCAGCCCCUGAACGUCUGUGCUCCUUCUGCAAACACAACGGCGAGUCCCGGGCCAUCUACCAGUCCCACGUGCUGAAGGAUGAGGCGGGCAGAGUGCUGUGCCCCAUCCUGCGUGACUACGUGUGUCCUCAAUGCGGCGCCACCCGGGAACGUGCCCACACCCGGCGCUUCUGCCCACUCACCAGCCAGGGCUAUACCUCCGUCUACAGCUACACUACCCGAAACUCUGCAGGCAAAAGGCUGGCCCGGCCUGACAAGGCGAAGACACAGGAUUCGGGCCACCGCAGAGGAGGAGGAGGAGCAGGUGCCUGCACAGGUUCUAAAGGUGCUGGGAAAUCUUCUGGACCUUCGCCCUCCUGCUGUCCCUCCACUUCCACCUAAGAGGCUGCCUUCGCUGGAGGAUGUGGACUCAGGCUUAAUGGAGGCUGGAUUUCCAGGAAGAUCUACUCUAUGAAGGCCUGCCCCUAGGCCUUUUCCUAGCCUGGCUGUGUGCGUGCGUGCGUGUGUGUGUGUGUGUGUGUGUGUAGGUGUGUAGGGGGGGUGGCUCUUUGGAGCUGGCCAGGGAACACAAAAAUCCCUCCCACCCACCCUUGAGGAAGGCACCCUAUCCUCUUUAUCAAGUUGACAGCCCUGUCAACUGUACUGCUCACAGCUGCCAUCUCCCCCCAGCACUGAGCACUCAGUCAGCACUCA